GCUUAUCAGAUGGCCGGAACCAGCCUAGGUCUUCGUCAUCGCCUGUGACUCCAAACAUCAACACGCAGUUGCGAUUGCCGGGUCGAUUGUUAGAGUCACACUUUGUAGACAUGUAUUCAUACUAGAUCUCUUUGACAGCUGCCCUGAUCCGUUCUUUUUAACCUCGAUUUCUGCGGUAUCGGAGAUAUCUCCUUGUCGCCACCUUGACACCUAGACCAUGGACCCCAACAACACCUCCACCACCAACACUGAAGCUGAACUUGAAUCCUUCCGCCAGAAAUGGAAAGAGGAAGUCACGGCCAGAAGUAAAGGCGCAGCGCCCAGACCACAAACGAGUAGUACUGCAUCAUCUUCCAGACCUCACGUGUCCAAGAGUAAUGCGCCGGACGCUGUAGCCUACUCCCACACACGCCAGCGCAGUGUGGAAGAAGUGGAUGAGGUAACUCCUCAUGUGUAUCACGACCUCGGUGAGAAGCAGCAUGGACGAAGACUGGAUGAAACCAGCGCCCAGGCUGCCGCCGCUGCUUCAGCGGGUAAAGAACCGACUUCUGCCUUAGACCACUAUGAGAAAGCCGUCGAGAAAGAAAGUCAGGGAAGUUUGGGUGACAGCGUGAACUUGUAUAGAAAAGCUUUCAGGCUCGACUCCAAAGUGCACGAAUCGUACAAAGCAAAGCACUUUCCACCUUCGUUUUUCAAAGCCAACCCUCCACGACCACCAGCACCAACCGUCUCCUCAGGUUCGGCACCUUUGACAACACCAGCGUCAAAACCACAAGACCCCAACCCCUCGAAUGCCUCCGCAACAGUACCCAACACCGCCCACCACUCCCUAGAUGGCCUCUCAUCUUCCCUCCAAACCCUCCUCACCGACUUCUCCUCCCUCUCAAUCCAAGGAGCACCGCCACCAACCGAGUUCUCCCCUCUGCCACCAUGUCCCAUCUCCACCAUCCCCGAGGAACUCCUAGUUGAGAUCCUAUCACACCUCGUCGUGCAAGACGUAUCAUCCUACGUGCGCCUGGCCCAGGUCUGCAAGCGCCUCGCCUACCUCGUCACGACAGAAGACCGCGUUUGGAAGCGUCUAGCCGUCGGCCCCGAAUACGGCUUCGCAGCCAUGCACUACGCGUUCGCGUGCCAAGUCGACGGCAAACCGCUCGGCGACGACGGACAAGGCGGAUACAUCCUCGAUCUCGAUUCGGAGCUAGAAGCGGAGGAACAGCCUCCCCCGCCCUCUCCAGCCGCCCUGACUACCCUCCUCGUCCCCACGCCUUACCCCACUUACCGCGCACUCUUCCACCGUCGCCCACGCAUCCGCUACAGCGGCUGCUACAUUAGCACGGUGAACUACUCCCGCCCCGGCCAGUCAUCCCCGACAAGCGUGUCCUGGAACUCGCCCAUCCACAUUGUGACAUACUACCGCUACCUACGCUUUCUACGCGACGGGACGUGCAUCUCGCUGCUCACUACGUCGGAGCCUACAGAUGUAGUACCCUACCUGCACGUCGAGCAUAUGCACAAGAACCACGGCGCGCUGCCGAGUGCGCCCAUGAAGGACGCGUUGCUGGGGCGCUGGCGAUUGACUGGCGGUGGUGGUGAGGAAGAGGGAGAGAAGGAGGGCACGUUGGUUGUGGAGACGGCGGGCGCGACACCAAAGUAUCUGUACAAGAUGAUGUUGAGCGUUGGGAGUGCAGGGAGGGGCGCCAAGAACAAUAAGUUGGGUUGGCAGGGGUACUGGAGUUAUAAUCGGUUGACGGAUGAUUGGGGUGAGUUUGGCUUGAAGAACGAUCGGCCAUUUUUCUAUAGUAGAGUCAAGAGCUAUGGGAUGGGUUGGGGGGAGGGGGGGAUGAAGAAGUAG